AUGAUCAUAAAAAAAUGUCGAGGUGACCUGUCGAUAUACGCGAAAGCUGAACAUCGUGAUUUUAUAAUCUUGGAGGACGCGAGUGGUCGCUACACGUCGAUGUUCUACUGGGGCAACAACUACUGGACGGGGUCCGCCGAGCUGUGCCAGGUGCUCAACGACCAGCACGACGCCAGUCCCGUCAAACAGUAUAACAGUAAGUAUUCAACCGCUACACGUCGAUGUUCUACUGGGGCAACAACUACUGGACGGGGUCCGCCGAGCUGUGCCAGGUGCUCAACGACCAGCACGACGCCAGUCCCGUCAAACAGUAUAACAAAAGCGACGGUUCUAUUUUCGGCCAAUGGCGGGACGACGUUUCGAUGUCCGGGUCAGGGCCGCCCUUUUGCGACUGCCUUUUACAACGUGCGAAUGGUGAUCACCACUGAUCAACACGAACUUAUCAAAACGCGUCGUACAUUACACCUGGGGCUCUGCUUCCCGCGUUCCUGUUCAAGAGAGCAGGUCGGCACACUGAUAGAUGCAGUGCACUCCCCCGUCCUCCGUCAUACCGUGGUGGCCGUUCGUUCCCCGCAGCACGGCGGGUACACGUACAUUGAGGACCCAACCUUCCAAGUGUUAUUGGGUGUAUGCAUCGCUCUGGCUGUGCUGCUGGUGAUAGCGACGGUGUACGACAUGCGGCUGGGGCGCGCAGUGCGCAGGAGUAGACGCCGCGCCGCCAACAUGGCCGCCGACGCAACUGCCACGGACCUCAAGCUUGACAUCAGUACACUCGACGCCAUCACACACGCUUCUGGCAAAUCGAUGUACAACGUGAACAACAACAUAGCUAUCAAUAGUAACACGUCUGAAGAGCGCCUCACUGCCGAAACGGCCUCCAACGAUGGCGAGAUUAAACUAAGUGUGUGGUCGGAGUUACUGCUGUCGUUCUCGAUGAAGGCGAACGUGCUGCAGAUCUUCGACCAGUCGGUGGGCGCGGACACGGUGCCCGUGGUGCACGGCCUGCGCUCGCUCUCCAUGAUCUGGGUCAUAUUCGGACACACCUGCAUCGUCGUCUUCAAGUACGCAGACAACACAGCACUGAGAGCAAUCCUGGAGAAAAGUUUCUGGUUCCAACUCAUCAUAAGCGCGGUUUACAGCGUCGACACUUUCUUCUGUCUUGGUGGCAUGCUCGUGUCAUUCCUGUACUUCCGCACCAACGCUAAUGGCAAACUGGACUUAUUGACGAAAGGACGAAGGACUAUAACCUCCGGGGUGCUGCAGUUUCUCGGACUCAUCGGCUACAGAUUUGCCAGAUUGACGGCUCCGUACCUGUUCAUGCUCGGCGUUGUGGAGGUGACGAUGAAAUGGUUUGCGCACAACGCGGUGUUCGAGCCGCCGGCGCCUGAUCACGUGACCUGUCCGCAGUACUGGUGGCGCAACCUGCUGUACAUCAACACACUCUUCCCCGUCGAGCAGAUGUGUAUGCUUUGGAGUUGGUAUUUAUCCGAUGACACACAGUUCUACGCAGUGAGCGCUAUACUACUCAUUUUGGCGACGAGUCACUUUAAAGUGUCGGUUAUUUUGACGGGCGUGUUCUUCCUGUCGUCUCUGGUGACGACGGGAUACGUGUCGUGGAGCAGCGAGCACGUUCCCAGCGGGGAAGAUCCCUUCACUCAGUUCGAUAAAAUCUACGAUAAGCCCUGGACGAGACUGGGGCCCUACCUCGUUGGCAUGGCCACUGGAUGGAUACUAUUCAAGACUAACUUAAAGAUUAAAAUGAAUAGAAUAUGGGCGUACGUGGGGUGGGCUGUGUGCACGGGGACGCUGCUGUUUUUGAUCUUCGGGCUGUACAGCACGCAGCUGAACGUGGCCGCGGCUGCUGUGUACAGCGCGCUGUCGCACUCGCUGUGGGCCGCCUGCAUCGGCUGGAUCAUCAUCGCGUGCUCCACGGGACACGGCGGCUGGGUGCAUCCGCUGCUCUCCGCGCCGAUCAUGUACCCGUUCUCGCGCGUGACGUACUGCGCGUACCUGGUGCACCCAGUGGUGCUGCGCUACGUGGCCAUGCACCUCACGCAUCCCAUACACCUGGGCGAGCUGCUCGUUUUCGUACUGUUCCUGGGCUUGACUGUGAUGUCUUACUUCUUCGCUUUCUUGAUCUCCAUCGCUUUCGAGGCGCCCAUCGUCACUAUGCUCAAGAUUCUUUCUCCGCAGAAGAAACCUCACAGAGUCUGA